AUGGCUGCAUCCACAACUCAUUCCAUCACGCUACAAGGUUCAGCCUCAAUCAUACACGAGUACCUGAAGUACAGCAUCAAUUCGAUCAUUUUUCAACGGGGUAUCUAUCCGUCCAGCGACUUCUUACCGGAGGAUUACAACGGGGUACCGGUAAUGGUUUCGCGCGAUAAACGCAUCAAAACUUACCUCGACAACGUUCUGAGCAAAGUCCACGAUUUAAUAAUGAAAAGGAUGAUCACGAUGAUUAGCGUGUGCAUCAUAACGGUCGAGACGAUUGAAAUAGUGGAGCGGUGGGACUUUAACAUUACGCCCCAGUACGAUGACAAUGCCGGUGAGGGCAAAGAGAAUGCAACCACUUCCUCAAAAUCGCUACCAAAGAUACAGAAAGAGAUACGGGACAUUAUGCGACAGAUUCUUGCGUCGAUCAGCUUCCUGCCGAGUCUGGAGGAUCGCUGUAGCUUCGACGUAAUUCUGCAUACGAAGGGAGACGUUGACCGAGAAAUGCCUGGCAUGAUGGAGGAGUUUCAUGAGGAGGUAAUCGAUAGUUUUGAAAUCACGGAUGCACAAACUGUCGUGCUGAAACAGUUCAGUACCGGUUUGGACAAGGUCGAAACCAAAGUGGUUUACCGAACGCUUGAUCCAUAA